AGGAGGAGGAGAAGAAGGAGAGGAGGUGAAGGAGGAAAGGAGAAGUGCAGGAGAGAAGGAGACGGACAGGAGAAAAAAGGGAGGAGAGAAGAAGGACAGGAGAGGAGGACAGGAGAGGAGGACAGGAGAGGAGAAGGACAGGAGGAGGAGAAACACAGGGGGAAGGAGAAGGAAGGAAGAGAAAGGCAACCUACAGUAGCGAAGUAGUUAGGCAUAUUCCUGUCCUUGUGUGACAUGCGGGUGUUCGUGCUCACGGUCUAUGAGUGUUCACUCUCCUCUCGGCCGCAAGCGCAGACGGGCGGCGGAAGAGUUUUGUCUUCGGGUUGAGGAUAGUCAGCGAGGGGUGCGCGGAUGGAUCGUGCAAGGUAACGAGGAGGAAGAAUGCGACGAGGGGCCCGACGUCGACGGCGACGAGAGAGACCUCUCUAGUUCCCUAAGUAAUCUUACUACUGUUAUUAAUAAUAAUAUUAUUAACAAUAACAAUAAUAUCAACAGCAGCAGCAGCAGCAGCGGAGGCAGCACCAGCAGCAGCAGGAGCAGCAGGAGCAGCAUCAGGGAACCUGCUGCUGUGGUUGCAGGGUGGUAUCGACGGCUGAGACUGGGACGAUCUGCUCUGACCUCGCGGACCGUCUUUCUUCUCGAAUUGGCUCGGGAAUUGUCAUUCUGGUCCCACCGGAAGACACGUGGCAGCAAUUCCUUGGGCCCAUUUGAGAGGUUUUUUCAGCAGCCGUUCGUCUGGUUGGCGGGGAAGAUGGCGUUAUCGACCCCGCUAGUGGCAUCAUUGGACGAUGAGGGAAAGCUGAGGACUUCACGUUCUUCCCGCAAUUCGCUCGGCAUCUUCAAGGUUCUCUGUCUGAUCGCUACCGUUGUAUUGCUGGCUGUUUGGCUUUUGAAGAAGGCACCAGUGCAGCCAGGCGUCAAGUAUGGUGCAGCUUGGGAGAGGAGCAUCAUUCAGUCAGCCAAGCCGUCAGGACGGGGUCAUCCUGUGAUUUUGGUGACAGGCUCUGCCGGGUUUGUUGGCUACCAUGUGUCUCUGGCUUUGAAAAAAAGAGGGGAUGGAGUUGUGGGGAUCGACAACUUCAAUGAUUAUUACCCAGUUCAGCUGAAAAGGGCCAGAGCGGCGAAUCUGUUGAGCAAGGGAGUUGUCACGGUAGAUGGUGACAUUAACAACUCCGAGUUACUACGGAGGAUGUUCAAAUUGGUGCAGUUCACACAUGUGCUCCACCUUGCUGCGCAGGCCGGUGUUCGAUAUGCUGUCAAGAAGCCGAUGACGUAUGUGCACAGCAAUAUUGCAGGGUUUGUUGUGCUGCUGGAAGUAUGCAAGAGCUUGAACCCACAGCCAUCUAUGAUAUUUGCCUCUUCGAGCAGUGUCUAUGGCCUUAAUACCAAGGUACCAUUUUCAGAAGACGAUCGAACGGAUCAACCUGCCAGUCUAUACGCAGCAACCAAGAAAGCCGAUGAGAUGAUUGCGCAUACAUACAAUCAUAUUUGGGGCCUUUCUAUCACAGCAUUGCGGUUUUUCACAGUUUAUGGCCCGUGGGGCCGCCCUGAUAUGGCUUAUUUCUCCUUCACCAGGAACAUUGUUGAAGAGACGCCCAUCAAGAUCUUCAGGGGUCCUUAUGACACAGAGUUGUCAAGGGAUUUCACGUAUAUUGCGGACGUUGUGAAGGGUUGUGUUGCUUCUAUAGAUACUGCCAAGCCAAGUACCGGGAGUGGGGGGAAGAAGACUGGGUCCGCUCAGUUCCGGAUAUUCAACCUAGGCAAUACACAGCCUGUGAAAGUGGGUGCAUUCGUCGAUAUCCUGGAGAAGCAUCUGAACCGCAAGGCCAUCCGCGAUUACGUGGAUAUGCCAGCAACAGGCGACGUUCCUUUCACACAUGCAAACGUCAGUCAUGCACGAGAAGAACUCGGCUACAAUCCGACAACGGAUCUGGAGACUGGUCUUGGCGAGUUUGUGACAUGGUUCUCAAGCUACUAUGGAGAUGACUCUAUGGCAUGUUGCUGAUUUCAGCGUAAAUGUGACACUGUGCUGGAAGUCAUCCAUCAUCAGUUUGAAAGGUAACCAUCUGGCCACAGCAAUUGUCCAUUCAAUGACCAUCAUUUUGCUUUUUGAGUCGCUCCUCCUUUCGGUGUUUUGGCGUGAAAUGAUGAAAGUCAACUUUUGUGAUUGAGAAAGGAUGAAAUCUUCUUCGGUCAUAAUCCCGUUUCCUGGAAGAAGUGCAGCUUGCCACUUUUUAUUCAUGGAGUGGAUGGCUUCAGGUGGUUCUGGGUCGUCGGUAUUUUAUGUUUAUGCCUUGAUAUUUUCCGCACUCAUUCGUCCCUCCACAUCCUCUUUUGGCAGAGUAAUGCUCCAGGUAGGUUUUUAGAUGACAGGUGUGUGGAGGGGGCCUUGUGCGCGGCAUAGAGACAUACGACGUUUAUUCAUUUUGAGCACCAUGCGGACUCAUCCCUCGUUGUGUUAUUGGUGUAGCCUAUAAGAUAGUGGUGUAGCAUUCAAGUCUGUGGUGUACGCAGGCUGCGUGGGACUCCCUUCUGUUCCCCUGUGAGAAAGCGUACUUGUGUGUAGCAGAGGUGAAAUUAUCAGCUUUCAUUUGCAAGGAAAUCGCAAACGGCUUGACGAGAUGUGCUGAUGUUGUUCAAUUGUUUCUGCUAGUUUCAGUGAUUGGUGAUUUGUGGCGAUAUGCCCCUGCGGGUGGCACUAAUCCAUAUUUGAGCGUGGUCCAAAAGAGCAUUCAGGAAGGAGGAGAGUUGUGCUCUGUCUCAGUUGUUGUCCAUUUCGUUGGCAACGACUCGUUUCAUGUCCUGUGCCUGACAAGAGCAUCGCGUUGGAUUAUAUAUUGAUCCAGGUCUGUGGAGGCCGACACAUAGUUCUCAUCACAAUAGAUAGGACCUGAAGUCGUGGCUCUUCGGUGAAAGAAAGAAACAGCAAAGCAGUCCACGAAUGGAUCUGGGUGACCACAGUGACGACACUCACAGUUAACGGGCAGUCACUGUCAAGGCACACCGUAGUUAUGGGGUGAAUGUUGUGAUUUAAUUGCCGUGACCCAGUUCUGCAGUCUGAGUAUGUAAUCCAUGUAAUUUGGGCCCAGUGAACUCCCUGGGGCCCAGUGACUGGUGAGGCCAAGUGAGGCCCAGUGAGGCCCUAUUUCUCGAGUUUGCAACGGUGGCAGACCCAUUCCUAUAUCAAAUGUGAAAUAAAUAACUGUGGUCGCGGCCGGCUGUGUAGUGUUGAUGAUUAAUGACAGGUGUGUCGAUUGCUGAUGUUGCAAGUGUAAUAAGUACUAAUAACUACUGUAGGAGGGCAAGAUUAAUAACUGCUGAACAAAGGCAGCGCUCUACU